CGGCAUAGCUCCAAGCGGCUCCACAGCUGUCCAAAUUGUUCAGUGUCGAGCGGUUCUCUGGCGAGUGUGACUGUGCUGCCCAAAACUCCUCUGAUUCAGUGACAUUUUGAGCAACAGAAGGUUUUUUAAUUGUGUGUCAAGAGCAGACAGACUUUUCGUGAUUACCAACCCCAUGAGCUUUUAGCGAUAAGAAACUCUAUUCACGCGACAAAGUCGGAUAAGUGCGUGGAAUUUUGAAAACGGUUCAGAGAGGCUCCAAAGUGCAGGACAAAAGCCGCUAAGUGUUUUGUAAUUGAGGCAGAAAUCAAUAUCUGUGGCCAACAGGAAUUCCAUAGGCAAAAGCUUCUGUGUCGGAGAAAGCUCGAAGAGGAGACUAGUUGCCGGGGUACUUGGGGCAGCAGGAAAAGGUCUAUAAUUCGUUAACAAGGGAAUUUUUGGGCUGCCGAGAUGUCUAUGUGUGGAGUUCAGAGAGCACUCGAGCGGAUGCGUCGAGCUUCAAAAGUUAAGAUCUGGUCAAUUGCCAAGAAUGAAUAUUCUACAAAGGUGGAGUACCGACCUAUCCGAUCGGUUCUUGUGGCCAAUCGUGGGGAGAUCGCAAUCAGAGUGUUCAGAGCUUGCACAGAGUUGGGAAUUAAGAGUGUGGCUAUUUAUUCUGAGCAAGAUAAAAUGCACAUGCACAGACAGAAGGCGGAUGAAUCAUAUUUGGUGGGGAAGAAUCUUCCACCAGUCGAGGCAUACCUCAACAUUCCUGAAAUUAUCAGAGUGUGCAAGGAGAACGAUGUGGAUGCAGUGCAUCCGGGCUAUGGAUUUCUUUCAGAACGCAGUGACUUUGCUCAGGCUGUGAUUGAUGCGGGACUGAGGUUCAUUGGUCCAUCCCCAAAAGUUGUACAACAAAUGGGAGACAAAGUGGCUGCACGGAAGGCUGCAAUUGAUGCUGGGGUACCAAUUGUUCCGGGGACAGAUGGUCCAGUGACGACAAAAGAGGAAGCUUUGGAUUUUUGUAGGAGAUAUGGCCUUCCGGUGAUCUUUAAGGCUGCCUACGGAGGCGGAGGCCGAGGAAUGAGGGUGGUCAAGAAGAUGGAUGAAGUUGAGGAGAUGUUCAUGCGUGCGAGUUCAGAAGCCAAAGCUGCCUUUGGAAAUGGGGCUAUGUUUAUUGAGAAAUUCAUUGAGAGACCUCGUCAUAUUGAGGUUCAGUUGCUUGGAGAUAAAGCAGGGAAUGUGGUGCAUCUCUACGAGAGAGACUGCUCGGUUCAGAGGAGGCAUCAGAAAGUGGUUGAAAUAGCCCCAGCCCCAAGGCUAUCCACAGAAGUCAGAGACAGGAUGACUGAACAUGCUGUGCGCCUGGCUAAACAUGUGGGCUAUGAAAAUGCAGGAACAGUUGAGUACUUAGCUGAUGAUAAGGGCAAUUUCUACUUUAUCGAAGUCAAUGCUCGACUCCAAGUUGAGCAUACAGUGACUGAGGAAAUUACAGGAAUCGAUUUGGUGCAAUCUCAAAUUCGUGUGGCUGAGGGAAUGACCCUGCCAGAACUGGGAUACACUCAGGAAAAGAUUAAGCCUCAGGGCUAUGCCAUUCAGUGCCGAGUAACUACCGAAGAUCCAGCCAAUGACUUCCAGCCCAGUACGGGACGUUUGGAAGUUUUCCGUUCUGGAGAAGGCAUGGGAAUCCGUCUUGACAGUGCCUCUGCCUAUGCUGGAGGCAUUAUUUCCCCCUACUACGACUCCCUCCUGGUCAAAGUUAUUUCUCACGCUUCUGACCUCCAAGGAUCAGCCGCAAAAAUGAAUCGAGCUCUGAGAGAGUUCAGGAUUCGUGGUGUUAAGACCAACAUCCCCUUCCUGUUGAACGUUCUGGAGAACCAGAAGUUCCUCAAUGGUGUGCUGGACACAUAUUUCAUUGAUGAACAUCCGCAACUCUUUAAAUUUCAGCCGUCGCAAAAUCGUGCCCAGAAACUUCUUAAUUACCUCGGAACUGUACUGGUUAAUGGACCACAAACACCACUAGCUACUAAACUAAAGCCCGCAGAUGUUCAUCCGCAUGUUCCUGAUGUUGAUUUGGCUGUUAAGCCAAAGCCCGGUCUCAGGGAUGUGCUCAAGAGUAAGGGCCCAGAGGGAUUUGCUAAGGAAGUACGUGCGAGGAAGGAAUUGCUACUUAUGGAUACGACUUUCCGAGAUGCUCAUCAAUCUCUGCUGGCCACGAGAGUCAGAACACACGAUUUGCUCAAAAUUUCACCAUUUGUCGCCCAUAGAUUCCAUAAUCUCUAUGCCCUGGAGAACUGGGGAGGAGCUACAUUUGAUGUGGCUCUUAGAUUCUUGCAUGAAUGCCCUUGGGAGAGAUUGGAGGAAAUGCGCAAGCAGAUCCCCAACAUUCCUUUCCAGAUGCUCCUUCGUGGAGCAAAUGCCGUUGGCUACACCAAUUACCCGGACAAUGUCGUGUAUAAAUUCUGUGAACUAGCCGUACAAACUGGUAUGGACAUCUUCCGUGUCUUUGAUUCCCUCAACUACCUCCCUAACCUUAUCCUGGGCAUGGAAGCUGCUGGAAAGGCUGGAGGAGUUGUUGAAGCUGCCAUUUCUUACACUGGGGACGUAAGCGAUCCUUCCAAGACAAAGUAUGACCUCAAGUACUACGUAAAUUUGGCCGAUGAGUUGGUAAAGGCAGGAACUCAUGUUCUGGCCAUCAAGGACAUGGCGGGUUUGUUGAAACCUAAUGCCGCUCGGCUUCUGAUUUGUGCCAUUCGCGACAAGCAUCCGGACAUUCCCAUUCACAUUCAUACCCAUGACACUUCAGGAGCUGGAGUUGCAGCUAUGUUGGCUUGUGCUGAAGCUGGAGCUGAUGUUGUGGAUGUUGCUGUAGAUUCAAUGUCCGGAAUGACGUCUCAGCCGAGCAUGGGAGCCGUUGUGGCUUCUUUACAGGGCACUACCACUGACACUCUUUUCAAUCUUCCGGAUAUCUCUGAGUAUUCGGCCUUCUGGGAGCAAACACGAACACUGUAUGCUCCCUUCGAGUGCACCACUACCAUGAAGUCCGGCAAUGCUGAUGUGUACAUGAAUGAAAUACCCGGAGGACAAUACACAAACCUUCAGUUCCAGGCCUAUUCAUUGGGUUUGGGAGAUUUCUUUGAGGAUGUCAAGAAGGCCUACAGAGAGGCUAAUCUCCUCCUGGGAGACAUUAUUAAAGUCACUCCGUCUUCCAAGGUUGUUGGAGAUCUGGCACAGUUUAUGGUGCAGAAUAAGUUAACAGCCCAGCAAAUUGCCGAUAAGGCUGAGGAGCUCUCCUUCCCCAAAUCUGUAGUGGAAUUCCUUCAGGGUGCUAUUGGAACUCCCCAUGGAGGCUUCCCUGAACCUCUGAGGUCGAGAGUUUUGAAGGAUAUGCCACGAGUGGAGGGUAGACCCGGAACAUCUCUGCCUGAGCUCAAUUUUGCUCAGCUCAAGAGUGAACUGAAGGAAUCUCAUGGUCAGGUCACAGAUCGCGAUGUCAUGUCGGCAGCUCUUUAUCCUCUAGUCACCAAUGACUUCCUCACCUUCCGUGAUUCCUUUGGGCCAGUGGACAAACUGGAUACGCGUAUCUUCCUCACUGGACCCAAAGUGGGAGAAGAGUUUGAGGUGACACUGGAGAAGGGAAAGACCGUGCACAUCAAGACACUGGCCAUGGCGGAGGAUCUUACGCCCAAUGGAGAGAGGGAGGUGUUCUUUGAGUUCAAUGGGCAGCUGAGAUCUGUGCUUAUUCGCGAUAAGGAGGCUGUGAAGGAGCUCCAUAUUCAUCCCAAAGCAAACAAGGGCAACAAGAGUGAAGUAGGAGCUCCCAUGCCAGGAACUGUUAUCGAUAUUCGAGUAAAGGAGGGCGAUCAUGUGGAGAAGGGUCAACCUCUGGUUGUACUUUCUGCCAUGAAGAUGGAGAUGGUGGUACAAUCCCCAAAAGCGGGUACAGUGCAGAAGCUGGAGAUUAGCAAUGGCAUGAAACUUGAGGGAGACGACUUGAUCCUGGUGCUAGACUAAAGCGUCAAUUUGUUUAGAAGACAAAACGUCUUGGAUCUUCCGCAAGAGACUUGUUUAGCUUUUUAGGUGAUGAUAUUUUUUUAUACUUGUUAAAAAUCCCCAAAAUUGUUUUGUUUGUCCUUUUUGCUAUUUGUAAUAAAAAUGAAAAUUGUAUAUCGGAAACUGUUGAUGAAAAAAAAAAUGCUAAAAAGAAAA